AUGAAAGAAGCACUUUGUGUUUUGUGUCUUGUUCUUCUUGUGUCAAUUUCCGAAGCAGCGGUAGCGAAACCACAUUUUAAGACUUUCAUCAAAUGCCUUCGCUCUUGGCCUAGUCAGGAGAAUCCAAUCACCGAUGAUAUCUUCACUACCGAUAACACAACCACCUUCUUGUCUUCUUACUUAUCCUACACGAAAAACAAGAGGUUCGUAAGCCCUAACUACAAAACACUAAUAGCCAUUGUCACGGCAAAACACGUAUCUCACAUUCAAGCCACGGUAGUAUGCGCAAAGUCCAACGGUAUCCAAAUACGUAUCCGAAGCGGCGGUCAUGACUACGAGGGGCUAUCAUACAUCUCCACUGUCCCAUUUGUCAUCCUCGAUAUGUACAAUCUUAGGUCUAUUACCAUUGACGUGCCAAGCAAGAAAGCUUGGGUUCAAGCUGGUGCCACAUUGGGAGAGCUUUACACAAAGAUCAGCAACGCGAGCGAAACGUUAGCGUUCCCUGCUGGCGUUUGCUCAACCGUAGGAGUUGGAGGACACAUAAGUGGUGGAGGGUAUGGUAACCUCAUGAGAAAAUACGGUCUCACAGUGGACAAUGUCGUUGAUGCCUUACUAGUUGAUCUCAAUGGCAAGCUCUUGAAUAGAUCUACCAUGGGAGAAGAUCUCUUUUGGGCGAUUCGUGGUGGUGGUGGUGGGAGCUUUGGUGUUAUCCUCUCUUGGAAGAUAAACCUAGUUGAGGUUCCAAAGAUCUUGACUGUGUUUAGGGUUAGCAAGACAUUGGAACAAGGUGGAACUGAUGUUCUCUACAAGUGGCAGUUUGUCUCAUCUAAACUCCCUGAUGGUCUUUUCAUCAGAGCAAUGCCUCAGGUCGUGAAGAGAACCAUCGUUGUUAAAUUCUAUGCUCAGUUCUUGGGUCGAGCCAAUGAGCUUGUGUCGAUAAUGAACCAAAGCUUACCUGAACUAGGGCUAAAACGUCAAGAUUGUCAAGAAAUGAGUUGGAUUAAGACAACGUUGUUUUGGGAAGACCUACCUGUCGGAACACCGACAAGCAUUCUCUUAGAUAGACCGUCCAGGCCCGAAAAGUUCUUCAAGAGCAAAUCUGAUUACGUCAAGAAACCAAUCCCUAAAGAAGGAAUCGAGAAGAUUUUUAAUGUAAUGUUGAAAUUCAGUAAUAAUAUGUAUAUGCAAUGGAACCCUUACGGUGGCGUGAUGGACAAGAUUCCUGCGAGUGCCACGCCGUUUCCUCAUCGGAAAGGGAACUUGUUCAAGGUUCAAUAUUAUACGUCGUGGCUUGACGCAAACGCUACGAAGGGUAGCUUGGAUAUGAUGAAGAAGUUGUACGAGGUUGCGGAACCGUAUGUGUCAAGUAACCCGAGAGAGGCGUUUUUGAAUUACAGAGACAAUGAUAUUGGAAGCAAUCCUAGUGAUGAAACAAACGUUGAUGAAGCUGAGAUCUAUGGGUCUAAGUAUUUCUUGGGAAAUUUAAAGAGGUUGAUGGACGUUAAAGCAAAGUAUGAUCCUGAAAAUUUCUUCAAGAACGAGCAGAGUGUUCCUCCUGCUCGUGUAAAGUAG